AUAAAUGCAUUUUGUGAUUGAAGUUAAUAGGUUAAUAGGAUGAAGGUUUUCGUUUUUCUUUUCGUUUUUAAUCUAGGAGUCAUUACCGUGAAAGGCGAUAACCAUAUCUUGUCACGAGUGCGUCGUAUCAUCGGAGGGAAAUCACUAGAGGAUGGAGAAGCCCCGUACCUCGUCUUUGUUGCUGGGGGCCAGAGAGUUGCCCGGGGUAGGCGCAGCAUUUUUUAUUCUCUGAGGAGGAGAGAAGACCCUAACUCUCCGGAGCAGUGGUGCACGGGGAGUCUGAUCAACAGGCGAUGGGUACUGACCACAGCACACUGCUUCGAUGGAGAAAAUGAACUGGGUCGUAGUUUCAAAGAUCCAGACUUGUGGAAAAUGAAGAUUGGAUCAGUUGCUUUAAAGAAAACAAGGGGCGGAUCCUCGUGGAUAAACAGGCUCACGUGGUUCAGAAAAACCGCCGCCAAAGAACCUAGGUCUGUCAAUGUGGAUAGCAUUAUCAUACAUCCCGAUUAUGAUGAAGAUUUAGAAAAUGGUAAGGGUGACAUUGCAGUGGUUCGACUUUCUGAAGACGUAUCUUUCGGGCCAGAUGUUCAGGAAAUAGUUCUCAACUCAGACUCCACAUAUCCCCCAGAUGGUACAGAGUGUACAGCGCAAGGGUGGGGCUGUACCAGAAGAGGCGGACCACCAAGCAAUCAAGCCCGUACGGUGGAUCUCCCAAUAUAUGAUUCAGAUAGUUGUAGUGAGGGAUUUGAUCUACGAUACAAUUUCUGUGCUGGAUACUUCAAUCGUAACAAAGGAAUAUGCCCUGGCGACAGCGGUGGACCUCUUUUAUGUCGUAGGGACGGAAACCUAAUACAAGUUGGCUUAGCAUCCCUGGCUAACGUAAGAGAUCCUGGAAAUUAUCCCGCCAUUUAUGUCCGCGUGUCUACUUACUUGGAUUGGAUACGGAGUUACACUGGAUAACUUGCGCGAGCUCUUCUUGUCUCCAAAAUUUAAUAUAAAGCAUACGAUUUUUUUUUAUUUAAAAAAAACUUCUUUUCAUGAAGUUAGAGAAUAAACAAGAGGUCCAUGGCCUACACCACUCAGCCAAGUUACUAUGGACCUGUCCUUCUCCACCCCCUAUUUAUA